AUGGCAGAUAGGCAGCGGAUUUCACAAACCUGUCUAACCCUCAGAUCAGCAUACUUUAGCAGAGUAUGGAAAGCUUGCACUUUGGUCAAUACUCCUAUUGACGUCUUUGAAAAUCUUUCUCAAGCUUUGCACUGUAUUCCGGAGAAAAUUUUUUUCCAACCCCACCAAUACAGCUGGUUCCCUUGCAAUGAAAUCACAAAAAUCAUUAUUUCUGAAUGUCCGGCGGACGAAUUUAUUCAAACUGUCACGUUUGACGCGAGCCAGUUCCCCGCGCUAAAACUUAUUCAGUUUGCUCAACUCCCUGUACGUGAAAGCACCAGAUUGGCUGAGUCCCCCUUUUUCUUAUCCCUUCAAAGACAAAACAGAGUGAACGUAGAAAUCAGAUACACAUUAAACGGUCCUAGUCUUUCCUCACAACUUGCAAUAAUCAAGCGUCUAUGCCCUAACCUAAGCUACUUGAAAAUCGAUUUGGAAUACAAAAAUAUAACUGGCUUUAAAUCCAUUAUUAAAGAUAUUAGAAUUCUCAAGGAAAUUCGCUUAAAGGGCAUUAGCCGUAAAAUUUUUUCAAUCAUUGUCGACUACAUCACUGCUGAAAGGUAUCCUUAUUCUGAUAACUUUUCUGUGUACAUCAAUGCCAUCAAUUAUGAAGAAAAUGCAACUCUUCAAGCUAUCUCUGAAGAAGAGACACUGGAAUAUUUCACAAGACUACCGGAAUCUCUGAGAUGCAGCUUGUCGUUGGCUAAUGCUGUUAGUACUGACUUCCCUCCUAAAGCUUAUGACAUCAUAAACAUCUCAGUAGACCACAAAACCCCAUACCUGUCUCUUCCUCAGAUUACAACGCUUGACGUAACAAAAUACAAAAAAUUUGCCAUACUUCAGGAUAUGGAAUCUUUGCAAAAUACGGCAUUCUUAUUUGCAGUGCAUGACACAUUGUGGAACUCUACAAUUGGUCAACGCACCUUUUCAGAAGCACUUACAGCUCUGGAUAUUAAAAUCUGGCCCAAUUUCCAAAAAAACAAAAUUAAUACUAGUAUUGUACGGUUUUUGCCCACGAUGAAACAGCUCAGGCGGUUGUGUAUUUGGGGAAACAUUUAUUCAUAUCAUGACAAUGACUUCUUGUAUAGGCUUUUAUAUCCGUUUCUUUUAUCAUUUCGUGAAAAACGUGUCAACGAGUUAUUUGGGUAUUAUGAUUUUAUGACAAAAGAAGAUUUAAUAUUGCAAACCUUCUUUGAAGUCUUUUAUGAUGACUCAAACGCAAUAUACGUUAUGUCUGAAUUGGAAAGAAAUGUCAUAUUGGCUUGCCUAAUUGCCAUGUUUACUAAUGCUGGUAGAGUCUCAGCUGCAAUUAAAAACUUAGACAAUCUUCUCAACAUAAGCUCUACUUGGUUCUAUCAAGCAUGUGUUAUGGAAUCAAUCAUGUUAGUUAUAGAAGAGUGUGACUUUCUAGAAUAUCUGGAAAUCAAAACUGAUCGCGGGUAUUACGUGUCUCCUGGUUUGAUGAGUUUAUGCCACAAGAGUAAUCUCAAGCAAAUCUUUGUGAACACCAAACUCAACUGGCACAAAAAUGCCAAAGACUAUGAUCUUGAAGUUGUUCCUAAUGUGCCAAACCGGUGGUUCAAUUUUGUUACUAAGAAAGAUAACGAUCAAGGUGAUGAAGAAAGUCUUUGGAUGAAUCUCAUCAUUGACUUGGAAAAAAAGGAAGAAUUUCCUCUUCUAUUGGCUGGCAAAGAUAAUGCAGGAUUCUUCAAGAUUGAGAGCUUCCCAGAUCCCCAUCUAGCUCCCAAUCUUACUCAUCCAACCAUAUUUGGUGAGCACUUGAUAUAA